UAGCAUCAUCAUAAUUCUAACUCAAAAUUAGAAUCAAAUAAAUUAUUAAUAAAAUAAUACAAAAAAAUCAGAAGCAAUAAUGGAAGCUGAAACGCCGACCACCACCACCACCGCGGCCAUGAAAACUACUUUCUUGAUUAUGAAUGGCGUCAUACUCGCCGUCGGAAACUCCGGCGGCCCUUUAAUUAUGCGCCUCUACUUCAUACGCGGCGGCAAAAGAAUCUGGUUUUCCAGCUGGCUCGAAACCGGCGGAUGGCCCAUAAUCCUCAUCCCCCUCCUCGCCGCAUACAUCAGCCGCCGCCGCCGCCGCCGCCGGAGCACCACCACCGCCGCCGAUGGAGCGGCGAAGCUCUUCCUCAUGAAGCCCCGCCUCUUCUCGGCCGCAUCAGCGAUCGGAAUCCUCACCGGCCUCGACGACUACCUUUACGCGAAAGGGGUGGCGGAGCUCCCCAUCUCCACCGCCGCCCUCCUCGCCGCCACGCACCUGGUGUUCACGGCGGCGUUCGCGUUCCUCCUGGUGAAGCAGAAGUUCACGGCGUACUCGGUGAACGCGGUGGUUCUGCUGACGGUGGGGACGGUGGUGCUAGGGCUCCACACGAGCGGCGACCGGCCGGAGGGGGAGUCGGAGAAGGAGUACGUGGUGGGGUUCUUCAUGGCUCUGUCGGCGGCGGGGCUGUACGGAUUCAUUCUGCCGGUGGUGGAGCUGAUGUAUAAGAAGGCCAAACAGGCCUUAACGUAUACACUGAUUAUGGAGAUUCAGUUGGUUAUAUGUUUCUUUGCCACACUUUUCUGCACUGUUGGAAUGCUCAUCAAUAAUGACUUCCAGGCAAUUUCAAGAGAAGCAAAAGAAUAUGAACUCGGAGAAAUGAAAUAUUAUCUAGUGGUAAUAUGGAGCGCAAUAAUUUGGCAACUAUUCUUCUUAGGAGUUGUUGGAGUGAUAUUCUAUUCCUCUUCACUUCUAUGUGCUAUUAUUAUUACCGUUACAAUUCCUAUUACUCAAAUAUUAGGCGUCUUUAUUUACAAUGAAAAAUUCCAAGCCGAAAAAGGUAUCGCUCUUUUUCUCUCCCUUUGGGGUUUUAUUUCGUAUUUUUUCGGCGAGAUUACGAAAACCAAAAACAGCAACGAAAACAACGAUCAGACUCGAACAACGACUGAAACUGAUCGGUCGAGUCGUCAAAUUAUUGCUAGUUGAGUGAAAUUCUAAUGUUUUGGUGUGUUAUAAAUAUUUAGUGUCCCUUAUAUGUAAUGGUUAGUUAAUUUCACAUUUUUGCUUAAUUCUUUUUAUUGGAGAUUUUAUUUUGUUUUUGUGUGGGUGAUAUUAUAGUUGUAUUUUGUGGUGGAAGAACAAAGGGGCAUUUGUGUAAUUAGGGUUGUCAAUUUCAACGGAAAGAAAAUUGGUGGUUGCAUCUUAUUGUUGAAUGUUGCAUUCAAUGACACCACAUAAUUAUUUAUCCGAGUUCGUAUUAUUU